GUCGGAAAGCGCGUGGAGAUCAUUUUCGAGAAUCGCGGGGUUUCUAUUCAGAUGUCCACCACAUAAGAGCACUGAUUGACAUUUCAGUUCUAAUCCCGAGAGGCUUUAAGCAUUUGACAGAUCAUCUGGAGGCCGAAAUUUAUUUUCCCCCGCCUUCUGAGAUAUGAAAGAUUAACCCCUGCAGAAAAAUGAACCCGACUUCAUGCCGUAACAGAUAAUAGGAUAUCAGUUGAGUUCAAUACUUUGGCAACAUAAAUUUACAUUCUUGAGUGAAUAAAUAAUGGAUCCAAGUUCGUAUGGUGACGUCAACAAAAACACGCCUUCAGCAUUUUAUGGGGCUCUCUCUGGUUCAGUAUGCUUUCCAAUGCCUCUCAUGUACAAUCCCAUGAACUCAUACCCAUUUAUGUCAACGCCUUUCUUACCCAUGCACCACCCCAUGCUUUCUAGUCAUGGAUUGCAAGACUCUCACCUACUUUCCAGUAGCGAUCUGCUUAGCAGCAGCCAAUUGUCGAAGUCUGAAGAUCUAAGUACCAGAGCUUUAGCCUAUUUACAGAGUCGAUACCAAUCAAUGGGAAAGUGCUUUCUUCCUCCAUCUCGGAAGUCAAUGAGCAAGUAUUGCGUCACACCACCAUCUCUGAUGGACAUUCAGAGCUCCAACGAGUGCACGAAACUCAGCUCUGGUGGAGGAUAUGCUUUGCAAAGUAGUGGAGAUUCAAACGCGAAUGGUAUGACACCCUCACUGACCACAGUCGCAUCGCCUAGUAGUGGAAUUUAUCCAGAAAAAGAAUGCUACCUUUCGAGCCCUAGUACCGAAGUGGAAGAACCCGACUCAUCAGGCAAGUGUUCUACAGAUGUUGUUGAACAGAAAGUGAUACCCAGGUGGACGUGUGAUUCUAGUCAACCUCCUAUAUGCCCUAUUUGUGGAAGGACAAUAGCACUUCAAGAUUUGACCGAUCAUUAUCAUAUGGAGUUGGACAGGCUGAAUGAACUAAUGAGAAAAAAGGAAUGGUUAAACCCAGAAGAAAAUAAUGCAGAACAGAUGGAUACCUUACGUUUACAGUCUUAUCAUGAUGUUGAAAAGAGAUGCCCAGAAUUCAGAAAAGAAACAUAUUUAAGAGUGAGGGCAAACAGAAUUAACAGAUUAGGAGGCUGUGGAAAUAGGACGAAACGACAAUGCUUUGAAGAAACAAAACAUUCUUGGAAAAUUCAGAGAGGAAACCAACUAUGCAGUCCUAAGCAAGAAAACGUUGCGGACGAAAACUCUACUCAAUCAGGUCACCAGUCCAUGCUAAUGUUAGAAUUGACAGUGCAGCAAUUAGCUCACAGGGCUGAAGGAAAUUCAGGCCUAACUGCAGAAAACUACUCUUCGGAAGCCAGAAAUGUUCCUCUCUAUCAAGGGCAAGUUCUUCAAGGAUCAAAUAAUGAAAGCUACCAUGAAGAUCAAAAUAAGACGGGGGAAUUAGCGGACAGCUCAUGCAAUGGCUUCAACAAUCUGGACGUCGGAUCCUGUCAGUCUUCAGGUUACGGUGACUCUUCUCGUCGACAACGUACCGAAAGUCAUUCCGAUGAAAAUCCGUGCUCCAGUGUCGACGUCAAAUGUCUUGUGUGCAUGGAAUCCUAUAAAAAACCUGUCGUAUCAGUAUGUUGCUGGCACGUACACUGUGAGACCUGUUGGUUGAAAUCUUUAGGAAACAAAAGGGUAUGCCCUCAGUGUGAUACAAUUACAUCUCCUGGUGAUCUGCGGCGAAUUCAUCUCUAAUGAACAUGAACAUGUGAUGAUAUUGAUUUAAAGUUCUUGUUAUGAAAAUAUGAAAUAAAUGUUUUAAGACUAUUCAUCUUGCACCAGAUAAGCACGCAUACUUGACAAGUAUUUGAAAUGUGUUCUCCUGUUGAUCGCAAAGUAAAACUGCUGUAUUUAAGAUGAAACAGCCAAGAUUUGAAAUGUUUAUGAAUGUAAUGGAAAAUUAAUAUCUCUAUUCCCUUUGUUGAAAUUAUUAUAGGUGUUGUUUUAAUACACCAUUCAUUAUCGUAAACUAUAACAUGUGAACUAAUUUGACUGAAAAUUACUCCUGAAUUUAAUGUUGGUGCGUUAAAAGAUGAAGUAUAUUUAUGCUUGAGUAGGUUAAUUUAUUUUUUUAGUAUGUCGUAUAAGAAGAAGCUUGUUCGCUACUAACAAUUUUCACAAAUUAUUUUAAAUAAAAAGAUGUCUUUAAAUUAUAUUUUCAAUGUAAGUUUUCAUUUUAUUCUACAAAAAUCUAGAAAAAAAUUCAUCUUUGAUAUAUCAAAAGUUUUACCAACAGGAAUUUUUAUUAUUUUUAUUUUAAUUAAUUUUAACUUUAGAAACUAUCUUCAAAGUAAUCCUUCCAAAUUUUUAGAUUAUUGGUUAUGUUAGGGUAUUAAGUAUUUUGCUAUUCCCGCGGCCUGGCAAAUAUCUAAUUUCCAGAUGAUUGCUUCGCGAGGUGAAGUUAAAUCUUUAAUUUACCUUUCAAAUUAUAACUGCUUAACAAACUGAGUGGUUUCAAACUGAAUAGUUAUUUAAUGUUUAAAUAUUUAUUUUAUAAUCCAUUCUGACAUAAUGUACAGUGUACUGAAAUGAUAACUAAUUUGGAAUUAUUUAAAUCACAAAUAAUAAAUUUGUUUGUAUAUUUUAAAUCCAAUUAAAAUCGUCAUAUUAUAAUUUAUAUUAGAUAAACAAUUUUGUUCUUAAGAUAAAACAUUAAAAGAACUUUCGUUCAGAAUGAUGCAGGAGUCAAGUGUUUACAACUAUAUAAAGACGUUAAUCAUUUUUAUUCGUUCUUUGUGUAAAUACUAUCUCCUUGUUCAAAGUUAUUGAUAACAUAAAUAUGACGUUGAGAAAUGCUGUAAUUAGUGUAAUAUACUUUAUGUAGAUUUCAGUGUAAAAAGUUAAAAAUAUGUUGCAGAAAAUAAAUCAUUACAUUAGAA